AUGUUGAGUGUGACCACGAUAGGUGGUACCAUACAACAGCCUUCUUUGGAUACUUUCGAAAAACUGUACUCUCGAUAUUCAUCGACACUCGUAUGUCCUUGCACUGGCCUUUCUGUGACCUAUGGUGAGAUAAUGACUGUUACGCCUUAUUUUCAUCAGCUCUGCUCAAGUGAUUUUAUCCGAGAUGAUCGUUGGUUACUCUAUUUCCGCAUAGUCAGCUCGACUUCGGGCGGUGUGAGCUAUUAUGUUGGUGAUUUUCGUUCGAAUCCUGGUUCUAGUCUAUUUUACUUAAUGAAAACAUUGUGUGAAACAGCUAAAACAACUGUUAUCAAUGCCGCAACUGUUUUUGGCGCAACAACACUGGUGAAUCCGUAUCUGAUACCACGUGUAUUAUUUGAAAAGGAGACGACCGAACUAGCACUACAGUUUCAACAAGAAACACAAGCUUCUUUUCUAAUUCUAUUCUCUCAAGUAAGCACGGCAAUUCGAGAUAAUCAGUUCUACAACCCUAUAGGUCUUGCAGCUAAUCUACAGUUCAGCGAUUUUGUUGCGGAACAAUGGUGGGGUUAUCUUUGGGGACUGGGUGGUGUGAACACUUUUCAGGAUCUUCAACUUCUUAGCAUUCAGUUUCGUAUUCUUGCAUCAUUAUGUUCAUUAGCACAGCAAUCUAUCGACAAGGACACAAGUGAAUUUCUUGCCAAUAAAUUAGUCACUCUAGAGGCAAUGUCAUUCAGUUCAUUUCAAGCUCAGAUUGAUUCACUUACAUCCGUAUUUACUGCUCAAACGCUAGACAAAUUUCGUCGUACUCAAUCGUUCAUUUAUGAAACAUUUCGUGCAAAUCAGCUGCUGGUUGUACCUGAAACAAAUUGGCAAUUCGCUCUCACAACUGCAGCGGAUAAUUACGUCCUUGCUACUGUGCCACGUAGUUCAUUUGGGAAUAAUUAUUCAUGUAUUACAUCAUUAAACAGCUUCUCACGACCAUUGUAUAUUGAUAAGAACUAUAACACAACUGUAUUACCUGGCGUGGUGGCUGGUUGUUUUCCAGUUGAUGGUACUCGUCUGUCUACUCUAGAAUGUUUCUUUGAUUCAAACUGCAUUUUAAACUUGACAAGCAUUGCAUCGACGCGCCCUACCACUAUUUGGAUUGCUAAACCGCUCAAUGCCUCAACACCCAGUAAUUAUUCUUCAAAUACUCUCAUAGGUAGCCUCGUUGAUAGUUUAUUCGUGGAAGAUUGGGGAAUUAAAAGUAAUUAUUCAAGCUACUUCGAUUCGUGUGCUCCGGAUUCAUGUUCAUACAAAUAUAUUGAUCACAACACAAUACUCUACAUAAUCACCACUGUGCUUGGGUUGUAUGGUGGGUUGACAGUGGUUCUCGGUUUUAUUGUCUGGUAUGGGUGGCUUAUGUAUCGAAAAAUUGUGGGAUGGAUGCAAAUCGUUCCUCGUUUAACAUCAACACGAGUAGUUCCUUCUCAGCCAACUAUCGAUAUUGAAUGA